CUACAGAAAUGGAACAUUUUUAAUAAAAGGCGAUUUUGACAGGAAGAACGUGUUGAUAAGCAGGUAUGUGCACGGGCAUCUCCUGAGACUGCAGCUGAUGAAGGCACAAAGCAGCAGUUGAUCGUGUAAAGUGGUUUGCCAGCCUUGCCUACUUAAAGCCCCAGACUCGUUAUCAGCAGUGCACCCCUCACUCAUUGACGUACCAGUGGUGACUCAGGACUGCAUCAUCUCGGAAACAAGGCCCAUUCUGGUCACGAUUUUACUUGUACCAAAACACGUCUCCUUAAAGCCGUGAUAAUCAAACUCCCGCACCCAAUUGUUAAAGCCUUGCAUGGAGAAGCAGCAUCGCCAAACUGUAUCUACAGUAGCGUGGACCCGUGACCUGCUGACCAACAUCGGGUUCCCUUUAAAAAUAAUAUGCAACCUGGCCUGCUGUUAGGUAUUAAUAAAUUAGGGGGUGUGUGAGCGGUGGGACGUGCGUCAGACCCAUCUCAGCCUCUCGGACCAGGUUCUUUAAAGCAAGGGUUUACAGCCGUUUUCAGUAUUUUCCAAGACUUGGAUAUCCAGAUCUGUUUGGUAAAGUUACAUUUAAAGAAACUCCUCUUUUUCUGUGGAUUUGUCAGUUCGUGUUCUGAAAUGGCCAGAAACACAACAGCAGAUUAGAAGAGACAACAGAAGAACAGCUUGACUAGACCCACUUCCCAGCACUGGAGAUUAGUAAGACCCAUCACAGCAUCCUACCAUCUGUUCUCACAUAUUUAUGACAGUGUUGGCCUGAGACACCCAGAUGCCUAAAAACAGCAAAGUGACCCAGAAGGAGCACAGCACUGAGCAUGUGACUGAGUCUGUAGCUGAUCUCCUUGCUCAUGAGGAACCUCUGGACUACAGGAACAGUUUCCUAAAUGUGGGCGGUCACCCAGGCCUCAGCAAAGGAUUAGAUGAUGACCUUGAUUCUGGAGAGGAGAGACCUGCUUGGAACAAUAAGCUACAGUACAUUUUGGCUCAGAUUGGAUUUUCUGUUGGACUGGGUAAUGUGUGGCGCUUUCCCUACCUCUGCCAAAAGAAUGGAGGAGGUGCCUAUCUUGUACCGUACCUGAUACUACUAGUCAUUAUUGGGAUCCCUCUCUUUUUCCUGGAGCUAGCAGUAGGGCAGCGGAUAAGGAGAGGCAGCAUUGGUGUCUGGAAUUACAUUUGCCCUCGUUUGGGAGGAAUUGGAUUUUCCAGCUGUCUAGUUUGUUUCUUUGUUGGACUCUAUUACAAUGUUAUCAUUGGCUGGAGCAUCUUCUAUUUCUUCCAGUCCUUUCAGUAUCCUCUGCCAUGGUACGAAUGCCCCCUGACAAAAAAUGGAACUAUUGCUAUUGUGGAACCUGAGUGUGAUAAGAGCUCAGCAACUACUUACUUCUGGUAUCGGGACACACUGGAUAUCUCCAAUUCCAUUUCAGAAAGUGGGGGGCUGAACUGGAGAAUGACAAUCUGCUUACUGACGGCAUGGAUUAUCGUAUGCAUGGCUGUGAUUAAAGGAAUUCAGUCAUCUGGAAAGGUGAUGUAUUUCAGCUCUCUUUUCCCAUAUGUGGUCCUGAUUUGUUUCCUUGUGAGGGGUUUGCUUCUCCGAGGGGCUGUCGAUGGGAUUAUCCACAUGUUCACCCCAAAGAUAGAGAAAAUGUUAGAACCACAGGUGUGGCGCGAAGCAGCCACUCAGGUUUUCUUUGCGCUAGGACUGGGCUUUGGAGGUGUAAUCGCCUUCUCCAGCUACAACAAACAGGACAACAACUGCCAGUUUGAUGCUGCUCUUGUUUCUUUCAUUAACUUCUUCACGUCUGUUCUGGCCACACUUGUAGUGUUUGCUGUCUUGGGCUUCAAGGCCAACAUGAUGAAUGAAAAAUGUGUUGUUGAAAAUGCAGAAAAGAUCCUGGGAUAUCUGAACUCCAAAGUACUGAGUCAUGACCUUAUCCCACCUCACAUUAACUUCUCUCACCUGACGUCCUCUGACUAUGCAGAGAUGUAUGGUGUGAUCCGCACUGUGAAGGAGGAGCACUUCACAGAACUGGGGCUUGAUGCCUGCCUGCUUGAAGACGAGUUGAAUAAGUCAGUACAAGGAACAGGGCUUGCAUUUAUUGCCUUCACAGAAGCAAUGACGCAUUUCCCUGCAUCACCAUUCUGGUCAGUCAUGUUUUUCUUCAUGCUGAUUAAUCUGGGCCUGGGCAGUAUGAUUGGGACUAUGGAGGGAAUCAUCACACCCAUCGUAGAUACCUUUAAGGUGCGCAAGGAAACCUUUACAGUGUGCUGCUGCAUUUUUGCUUUCCUUGUCGGCCUGAUAUUCGUUCAGCGAUCUGGGAAUUAUUUUGUUACCAUGUUCGAUGACUACUCAGCCACUCUGCCCCUGACAAUGGUGGUAAUUUUGGAGAAUAUUGCUGUUGCCUGGGUAUAUGGAACAAAAAAAUUUAUGGUGGAGUUGAAAGACAUGCUUGGGUUCACUCCAUACCGGUAUUAUUACUACACAUGGAGGUUUAUCUCACCGCUGUUGAUGGCAGUACUGGUGCUUGCCAGCAUAAUUCAGAUGGGAAUCAGUCCACCAGGAUACAGUGCAUGGAUUAAAGAACUGGCAACUGAAAAAUUUUUCAGUUAUCCACCCUGGGCUUUGGGAAUGUGUAUCUCACUGAUAGUGGUGGGAGUUCUUCCAGUACCUGUGGUCUUUAUUCUCCGGCAGUUCCAUCUAAUCUCUGAUGGCUCAAACACCUUAUCUGUUUCCUACCGCAGAGGGCACAUGAUGAAGGACAUAUCAAACCUGGAGGACAAUGACGAAACACGUUUUAUCCUUGGCAAAGCUUCAAGUGAGACUCCUUCUCCUAUGCCUAUUCACCGCUCAUACCUUGGACCAGGGAGUAUCUCUCCACUAGAAAUGGCUAGUCCUUCUAAUGGAUCCUAUGGGACUGGGUCUAUGCUGGCAGCAACCCCUGAAUCUGAGUUAUGAUUUAAAUUUGAUACAAAUACAAAGACAAUGGCAAUCUCAUGCUGUACAAAACAUAUGAUGUAUGUAUGCGGCAGAUGAAGUAGCUGUGAAUUAAUGUUCGAUCCCACCCUUUCCUAUAUAGUCCUGCUGACAUAGCUGUCAAAAUCUCAGUGCUUCCUGAGCUCUUAAAAGCAGCUCUACAUUGUGUGGCCAAGUAGUAGCAGAAGGGGGCAGACUGUUGGGAAAUGAACGUCUUAAAACCAGUUGCUUUCUGGCCAACAAUGUUGUGAGUGGAUACUGGCUGGAGGUUGUUGUGUUUUUGCUGCCUCCUUUGUGAUAUCUAAUUACCAGUACCACCUACUAGUUCAUCCUGUGACAUCUAAUGACCAGUACCACCUAGCAGUUUAUGCUGUGAUAUCUAAUGACCAGUACCAUCUAGUAGUUCACCCUGUGAUAUCUAAUGACCGGUACCACCUACUAGUUCACCCUGUGAUAUCUAAUGACCAGUACCACCUGCAAGUUCAUCCUGUGAUAUCUAAUGACCACUACCACCUACUAGUUCAGCCUGUGAUAUUAAAUGACCAGUACUCCACCUACUAGUUCACCCUGUGAUAUCUAAUGACCAGUACCACCUACAUGUUCCCCAAGGGAUAUCUAAAUGACUAGCACCACCUACUAGUUCCCCUUGUGAAAUCUAAUGACCAGUACCACCUACUAGUUCAUGUGAUAUCUAAUGACCAGUAUCACCUACUAGUUCACCCUGUGAUAUCUAAUGACAAGUGACACCUACUAGUUCACCCUGUGACAUCUAAAUGACUAGCACCACCUACUAGUUCCCCUUGUGAAAUCUAAUGACCAGCACUACCUACUAGUUCACCCUGUGAUAUCUAAUGACCAGUACCACCUACUAGUUCACCCUGUGAUAUCUAAUGACUAGCACCACCUACUAGUUCACCCUGUGAUAUCUAAUGACCAGUACCACCUACUAGUUCACCCUGUGAUAUCUAAUGACCAGUACCACCUACUAGUUUACCCUGUGAUAUCCAACUAGUACCACCUACUAGUUCACACUGUGAUAUCUAAUGACCAGUACCACCUACUAGUUCACCCUGUGAUAUCUAAUGAUCAGUACCACCUACUAGUUCACCCUGUGAUAUCGAAUGACCAGUACCACCUACUAGUUCACCCUGUGAUAUCUAAUGACCAGUACCACCUACAAGUUCACCCUGUGAUAUCUAAUGACCAGUACCACCUACUAGUUCACCCUGUGAUAUCUAAUGACCAGUACCACCUACUAGUUCACCCUGUGAUAUCUAAUGACCAGCACUACUUACUAAUUCAGCCUGUGAUAUCUAAUGACCAGUACCACCUACUAGUUCGCACUGUGAUAUCUAAUGACCAGUACCACCUAUUAAUUCAUCCUGUGAUAUCUAAUGGCCAGUACCACCUACUAGUUCAGCUAGACAUCUACUUGCUUUAGUCACCAUCAAGUUAAUUUCACCACAUCUUUUUCUUUAAUGGCUGCUCUCUCUCCCUACUAUGCCCAUGCUUUAUUUCUCAUUGUUGUUAGAGGAUUCAGUAAUAGCAGGUACUGCUGAUAAAACCAAGAAGCUGCUCUGAUAGAGAAAUACAAAAGGACAGAAAAACACAUUUUAAACAUGGGUGUGGUGAGUCUUGUAAUUUUAGAUGUGUGAGGUGGAACUACUUUCUGUGAGCUCCACAUGUACACAAAACCAAGGCUAGUUACUCUAGACACUAAAAUACCCAUUGUAUGAUUUUUAAGGUCAGUUUUCAACCCUUAUAAUGAAUUCCAGUAGCAUGUAUACAAUGCAGUUUAAAGCACAUAAGAUGCAGCUUUCAAUGGCAAUCAGUUGUGCGAUCUUAUAUUACUUCAAUAAAUAAGCAAGAAUGGCUAAUCUGAACUUAGCCAUAGGCCUUUAAACUACCUGUGAAGCAACUCUUCAGCGGAAGUUGAGCAGCUAAAACACCUUAAAAGGCUUCCCAAAUUUCAUUUCCUUCUUUAUUACUUGCAACCCAGGUCCUUUAGUAAGCCAGGCACAACGAUUUUGGUAUGAAAACUGACCAUUUCCUGUCAUCCUUCCUUUUGAUUAGGGCCCUGACUUCCCUGCUUGAAACAGCCUUAAGCCCAAGCAGGUAAUUGAUAAGCAGGGGAAGCUGAUGGCUUCAACACAGAAGUACACGUCACCAAAAGAUUAUGAGUUGGGAAAGGGAAAAAACUCCCUCUGCUGUCAAUUGUGUCAUAGCAGGAUGCCCCUUUGUCCUCUCCAUCAUGUCUACAGAGACUGAGGACAGGCACUAUGUAACAUCUCUUGGUGAACAUAAAAAAUAAUAACAAGCUGGCCUGAAAAAAUGUCCUAAAGUGCCUAAUCCCGUACUGACCAUCUGAUGACUUAUCAGCCCACUUCCUACUGUCCUAUGGCUAUUUACGUAAUGGUGGGGGUAACAGCCUGCCACUGGAGAAGUCAUCAUCUUUGCAGUGAUUUGGAAUGUCUGACACUGUUGUCAGUGCACAUUGAUCUUAGGCCCAGGAGAAAAGGCUUCUCUACUUUGUGAGUCUGCAGUGGGAACCUGGCACUUGUAUAUGCUUCCAGUAGCUUGAAAAAUUUUGCCCACACACGUGUAUGUUAUAUAGGUUAAUAAAUAGAUGGAAGUUACAUUAGAAUCCUUUCUGUUGAUCAGCAAUCACCAGACAUUUCACAUGACUGAAUUUCCCAAGACUGAAUUCCCCAGACAUGAAAUGGUAGGAAAAAAAAGACAUUUCCUACCUCACUGUUUUAUGAUAUUGCUACAUAAUUAUUUGAAGAUUGGGAUGCAUGAUUGCAUUUUGACAACCAUUUGGAAACACAGAUGUUCCAUGGUGUGUCUGCAUAUAAUAAAUACAAAUAGUUAGAUAAAUAGUUAAAUCAUAACACUAACAGCUAUGUGAGCAGAGUACAUGUUCCUGGAAACUGUGGGAUCCUUCUGUGUACAGCUAAUUUACUGCUGUCUUACUACUAUAGACUUAUGUGUACAUAAAUGUGCACAGCAUUAUGUAUGUGUGUAACAGCAUUAUAGUUCAUACUCAUUCCUGCAUAAUCAUCUUAACAGAAACUACAUGUUUGGGGAAUAAGUGUUUUAAUAUGGAUCAGUAUUCCAACAGGUGCUUAGAAAAGCACUAUAAAAUAUGCUUGUUAGAUCUGCAAUAGACUAAAUGGAUGGCCAUCCUGGACUUUAGACCUCAUAAACCUGAUCUGAGGGGCAUGAAGCAGCUGCAAUUGAAAACAAAUAUAUCAGAAGUCUAUACAUCAUUUCCCCUUACCUCUGAGGUUAGUGGUGAGCUAUUCCAUUCCAAAGGAAAGACAUAGAAUAAAUGCCCUAGCUGCUGGGGCUGUAAUGAGUAGAGACACUGAAAACUCUGGAAGCCAUGGUCAUAGUUCUGUGGUUACUGACAAGGCACUCAAAACAAAUGGAGCAAUACAGAAGACGUGCAUUUAUGCUUCUCAGUUUUGUAGGGCCUUAUUUGGCACACAUGUUAAGCACACUGUUGGUAAUGUGUUAUUAAGCUGGGUUCUUGACUCUAGCUCAUGUAGAAGUGAUAGUAGCAGCUUCCAAAUGUUGAAUGUGCAAUUUCUUAUUUCAGGUUAGAAUGAAUAUGCAGUUACUGCACUUUAUCAGCAGGCAAGGUGCAAUGGUUAAGGCAGACAUGAGAAAACACUGAUUUGUUCUAAUUAAAGUCUGAGGAGGUGCACAACAUAUUAUCACAUCAAUAGGAGUUAAAUUGUCCGUGACAGUGUUGUGAGUUACAUUUUUAUAUCUGAGAUAAUAGCACUUCUAAACUUUUGACAGUGCAAUAAUUUAGAAUAAACCAAGCUGGUGAUGAGUUAAACGUUCCUUUAAAUAACUUGUAAUCUAAGCUUUCCUAGAUUUUGCAAUCCACCAUCUUGUGUUGUGAGUGAUAAUAGCUGUGACUGCAGUCACUGAUGUAGUCCUUCUAAGUUUCUCCUUUUCUAAUGCUUACCUUGUAAAAAUAUGUCUUACGGUACUUCAGAACUGAACAAGAGGUUGUCCUCUCAUACAAGUCUCUGGAGAUUUCUUAUAACACCAUUUAUUGCAUUAUUUUUAAUGCAAGCCACUGUUUAAUUAAUAUUGGUUGGGUUGGUUAAAUUGUUUAAGACAGAUUAAAGAGGCUUUCGCAACCUAAGAAAAAAUAAUAGUAUGGUUCCCCACAGGAAGUACCCAUCUGCAUUCCAUAGUAAAAUGUCACAAAGUACAUUGGCAUGAGUCAAAAAGUGCAAACAGAAUAGAAAGAUCCCAUAGCUGAAAGUGAAAACCAGAAUUAUCUAAUUAAGAUAUUAAUACUGCAAAAAAAUUAAUAUAAUUAAAUAUUGCCACCUUUACGUGCCAGACUGCAAAGUCUAGUGACACUUUUUCUUCUUUAUUUUAAGCCAAGGGAAUUCCAGUUUGUAAUUGUGAUACUGUAGAAUCCAAGAUAAAUCAUUAACACAGCAGUAUGUUUGCAUUUUAUAAUGUUAUGUUUUGCUUGUUUUUAUUAAUAAUCCUAAGCUAUUGAUAAGUGCAUGUAUCCUGUAUUUUUGUAUCGACCACAGCAGUUCUGGCUUUAGACUUUUGCAUUAUCAAUUACUGACAAGUGCAUAGUUAUUCCUAAUGUUGACAGCUUCUGAAGCUAUUAGCAGACUAGAGAAAACCUGAUGAGAAAUCCUUUUGUACUGCCCAUAGGACUAGUUAAUUUGAUUAUCCAGUAUAAGGCACCCAUUAACUAUAGCUUUAUUUUAAUUAAUACAAACUCAUUAUGCAAGAAGGGCUUGGCCAUGUGUUUUUUACUGGGAGGUCCAGUCAUAAACUUCUGUACAAACAGGAUCACCAUUUCUUAAUUCUCAGAUUCUUUAAUAAAACAUUUUUUAUUUAUAUUGCUUUUUACCUCCCCGAAUAUCUAGCUUCUUCAAUGACCCCCUGGACCAUUUAUCUCCCCCUCAUGUUGCCGGGUCAUAGCACUCGUAACAGAGAGAGGGAAAUCCUCCUUUCUAUUGGAAAUUUGCUUCAGUGGAGCCAUCAUCCUUUCAAGACAUGCAGUAGGGGGCAAGGACUGUCAGCCAAAAGGCCCACAGUUGGAGACAGUCUGAUAUUUUCUAAUUUAUCUGCAGCCCCUCUGUAGAACAUCAUUGCUGAGCUCAUAUUCCCGAUUAUCCAUGUACAGGGAGUACAUUCUAGGUCAUUAGCAAAAUUGAAACUCCUAUAGCUGGACUUCCUCCAACUCCCUCCCAGGAGACUGGUAACCUGUACAACCAGACUCUCAACCAUUCCUAGCUAGCCUCUCAGGCACCUGGCCAGUUAAUCAAACUUGGGUCAGUGGGGCCCAGUAAGAGAUUUUGCCUCCUCAAAGUGUCAGAGUAAAAUAUAACAGAAGCAAUACAGAAUUUUCUUGUAAACAUUGUGGCCUGCUAAAUGUUUUUAAUCUAUGCAGGUAUAUUAGUCAAUCGAUGAGUAAUUGUUUCUGAACAAUCACCCUUUAGAGACAAUUCUAAAAUAAUGUGAUAUCAUGAUCAAAUCAGGAAAUGUUCUUACACUGAUAAGAGAUGGAAUGAAUAGGCAAUCUAGUCAGAAUAGCUCUUGGACAAUGAAAUCAUACUGGUGGCCCAUUCUAAGUGGUUGCUAUAGUAAUUAUUUUCAGAAAAAUGUAGUUCAGUGUCAUUGUCUAUAGAACUACAGUGGGUGUCAAUUUCAAAUCCAUGCUGAUUUACAUUGAUCUGUUUUUGGUCCUCUACCAAGUGGCCAUCUAGCCACUUACGUUCUGAGGACAUAAGUAACAUGACACAUUUUUCCAACCUUUUAAGCCAAUAAAAAAACAUUUUCUCAAGUAUGCUGACAGCAGCAGGUACUCUGAUUGUAUUUAAAUUGACUGUUACAUCUUAGGUAUUGCUUAACCAUCAUUUUCAGCUGUCAGGAAUGACAGUGGUUUACAGAACAUGGUCAGAGCCAUUAUUUCUAACUCCUUUAUAAGCUUCUAAAAAUCUGGUAAAUAAUACAUUUUCAUUCAUCUCUUUGGAAUGCAGUAUUUCCUUAAGAAAAGUUACCCUGCUUCCAUAAGGCAUAUCUCAAAUAUUACUAAAGAAUGAAGUGCCUCUGAAUGAUUUUUUUUUUCACAUCUCAAAUGUAGUUGCUGAGAAAUAAUGCAGAAGAACUGAAAACAUUAUUUAAUCAAGUGUACGACAGACCAAACUUCCCAUGCAGCUCAUUAGCUCUUCUCAAGCUUGGUGUGUUUAUGUUACAUAAUAGCAGCCACCUACAGUGUUUGCACUGUUCUGGUACCAUGGCUUACACUCUAUGUGGUCAGUUUUGCCUCAUCUAUUGCUUACUGUACUUUUCCAGUUCUGUAUAGAGUCCGUUGUAUAUGAAGCCUGAGUAUAUACCCAGAAAAAUAUAAUUUUUGGACUCUGCUAUACAUGACCAAUAUUACAUGUUAAUAGUACCAUAAUAACUAUAAGUUUUACAUAUGCUGUAUUGUAAGGGUCCAGUAUCACACACACACUGUUUAUAAUUUUUAUCAUGUGGUAAUGGAUUAUAUCUGGUGAGACUAACCCUAACCAGGCCUCUGAUGGACACAGCAGAAUGAAUUUGUCAUUUCUGUCUGCCUCAUCUGUUGUACCUUUGACUGUCAUCCUGAGUUUGGGGCAGAAGUCCCAGCUUUUUUUGUGAUUUUAAUGUCAAUGACCAUAGUGAACUAGGAAAUAUGUCGGUAUUGUAAAUUAAAAUUGUAUAUGUAUGUGUACAUUCAGUCAAAUUAUAUUUUGAAGUGAACAGUGAAAUAUUUUCAUUCCUAGCGAUGUAUAUAUUCAUCAUAUAUGCAAUAUAUUUAUAAUUUUUUUAGUGAUGUGCAGUUCCUUUGGAAAUACAGUGAUUAUUUUUUGUCUUAAACCAGGAUAUGCCCAUGUUACAAUAAAACUAACAGUACACCAACAUGGACUUCCUGAGGUACAAGUACUUUCUGGCUGCUCAAAGAUGGAGAUCCUAUGCCUUAACACUUAAUUAACAAUAUGUAAACAGAGUGCUUGCUGCACUGACUGUUUUAAUCGUUUGCAACCAAGUCAUAUAUUGUGGUAUUUAACACAGAAUACUUACUACACUGAUUGUUUUAAUUAUUUGCAGCCAAAUCAUAUAUUGUGGGAUUUAAGAUAUGAAUGUGGCUCCUGAAGUAAUAAAUCAACAGGUUAUGGUUCUUUGGAGUAGAACAGUCUUUCUGGACUUUAGGUUGUCUAGGUUUACACUUCAUUCAAAUGGAAUCCAAAAUGAAACUGCAUCCCUACCUCACUCAUAAAAGCACAGAUGCAGACAGCUUACAGUGUUGCUAGCUUGUACUGUUGAAGUAGAUGACUACAACAUACAUUUUUUUAAAUCAUAAAUCUUUACUUUUGCUGAAGGAAGCACAUGAUAGCAGGGCAACAAUAUGGUAGCAGACUUUGACAUUACUUCUCUCGGACUAAAGCACACAUGGAGUUAGGAGAAGUCAUUUUUGCUUCAAAAUUCCUUGCUAUCCUAACAUAAAAAAUACACCAGCAGUUACUCUGUACCACAACAAAUGGUUGUUUUCCUAUAGCAAAAGCACAUAAGGACACUGUAAUCAUUAUUGUAACAAAGCACACUGUCUCUGCUUAACCUAAGCACAGGACAUCGGGGGUCACUUUGAUCUCAAAAUUGAGUUUUAAUUCAAUAACUUAACUGAAUGUAAUGUGAUGAUUCAGUGCAGAAGUUAGUGUUGCCCUCAUGCAGCCACAGUGACACUGUAGUGCCAACUGUCACUGUUGUACCUCAUUGAGUUCACAAUGACAUGGGCACACUGGCAUAAAACUCACUACUGUUCUUACCUGACUGAAAAGGAAUAGCUAUUUUGGUACAAAAAAAAAAAAAAAAAAACACCAUUAUUGUUCCUAAAAUAAAGCACAUGGGUUACAGCUACUAUAAAUCAAUGCUAUCUUUUGCUAACUAUAAUGUACGAUAAGAAUGUUUCAUAACAGUGCUAGAACUCAUUUUUAUUUCUUUCUCUUUGAAACAUUUGCUGUCAGUAAUAGUUUCUUAUCAGAAGUCCUUAUACUCCUGUCUGAAGAAAAGCACACAGUUACUAGCAUCAUAUUGAUUGCAGAACACAACCAUUUCCUUCCUUAACUAAUGCACAUUCUGUUAGAGCUAGCAGAAGUCAAGACCCUGACUAAAUUACAUUCUAAUCGUCCAUGUCAGAAAUGACACAAGAGCGGAUACUCUGGAAAUGGAAAUUUCUACUCUUCCUCCACUCUAAACCCUCCUUCAUUUCUCAGAUGCUCCCCUGUGACUGAUGUAUGUGGGAGUAGCUUGUUUGUUUACCCCAGACAGCACUGUAUCCUUAAAACUAAAUAGCUGCAGAAUACUCUGUAAUAUGCAUGUCCUCUUUCUGUAACUAAAAAAGUCAGAGACAUCUGGGAAGCAUUGAUCUUGGAUAUCAAUCUGCAGCCUCAACAGUCUACAGGACAAAGUAAAAUAUUAGGAAUAAGGAUAACCGCUUGGAAUGUCAAAUCCUGGCCACAGCUAGGUCUCCAUAAAGACCACCACUAUAUGUUGUUCAUUAAAUCAAAACAGUUUCCAGUUAAAGAACAUGCAGACAUUUUGUCGAGUUUCUUCAUGUUUAUAUUUCUCUUCCCAGGAGCCUGCCCCUUUUUUAUAUCAAAUACAUUAUAUCAACCUGUGAAUAUAACUUUGAAUCCCAAUGCAGCACUACCAUUACCUUCAGAUGUCCAAAAAAAUGAACAUCACUGUAGUUCCUUACGCCUCUUCCAUCCUUGGUUACAACAUUUUUGGUCACUUUUUUCUUCCUCACAAAAGAACUAUACUUCACUAUAAAGUUAACAUAUGAACUCUUAAAAUACUGCACUGACAUUGCAAAAUGUCUGCAUUAGCAGUACUGCCAAUUCCCGAAGAUGCUGUUCCCCUGCCCUCCCCUUCCCAUCUUGCCUCACUACUACAUACAAUCACAUAACCAAUUUUUCUUGUCCAAUCAGAUAUUUCUUAGUAAAUCUGUCAUAAGCUACAUUUUCUGCCAUUAGUAGACUUGUAAAUAUAGCAUAUAUUUUGUAACGUACCUAUAAGCAUAUCAGUCACAUUGUUCACCACUGUUACUUUCAGUGUGAAUGCCCUUUGUCAUUACAGUUGCUACUUUUUCUCUUUACAUGAACUUUUCUUUAUGUGACAUUAUUGCUUACAAUACAAUAUUAUAUUUUUUGCUAACACUAUUUUACCACAAGCAGUUACUUGGCUGAUUGUAUGGAGUUAAUCAAAUGAUGAAUUACAGUAGUCAGAGCUGGUAGGUGAAAUGCGCGCUGAGCAGUUUCACAUUAUGAAUGAAUGUAGCAAUUCAGUUCAUGCACAUUGAUAGCUGAUCUUCUGAAAGCAAAUAAUAUAGGUGAUUAAUGAUAUUACUUUCUAAAUGCUAUGGAAUAUUAGCUUAUAGUUAGCUCAACUAAGGUGUAUUUAGCUAGUUAUGUCUAUAUAUACAGGAGCUGUUAGAGACAUGCCUGACCUAAACCACUGCGCUCAAUUGAUUUCUUAGGUUUUCUUGCAGUAUUCUAAUCCAGGAGUCCCUGCCAAUCUAGUUUGGUGCUUAUGUCUUGUUUACACUAAGGCUGCUGCUGCUAUUACUAGCGGUGGUAGCUUGAGCAUUUUACAGUCUGUGUACACUUGGACUAGUAGAAGAAGGGAGGCAAAGGUGAGCCAAAAGGUAUAGGCUUGAUGAAUUUCUACAAAAAGACAAUAAAAGUAACCAUGUAAAUACUUACCUCAAUAGAACCCCCUCCCAGUGACUGCCUCUAUCUUGUACUAUUUUGCCCUUGAAAGCAGACUCAUGGGCAUGACCAGAUUACAAAUGCAGGCAUCAUGGGCACGACCAGAUUGCAAAUGCAGUAAUCAUGGGUACGACCAGAUUACAAAUACAGGCAUCAUGAGCAUGACCAGAUUACAAAUGCAGGCAUCAUAGGCUUGACCAGAUUACAAAUGCAGACAUCAUGGGCAUGACCAGAUUACAAAUGCAGACAUCAUGGGCAUGACCAGAUUACAAAUGCAGACAUCAUGGGCACGACCAGAUUGCAAAUGCAGGCAUCAUAGGCUUGACCAGAUUACAAAUGCAGACAUCAUGGGCAUGACCAGAUUACAAAUGCAGACAUCAUGGGCAUGACCAGAUUACAAAUGCAGACAUCAUGGGCACGACCAGAUUACAAAUGCAGACAUCAUGGGCAUGACCAGAUUACAAAUGCAGACAUCAUGGGCACGACCAGAUUGCAAAUGCAGGCAUCAUAGGCUUGACCAGAUUACAAAUACAGGCAUCAUGAGCAUGACCAGAUUACAAAUGCAGGCAUCAUGAGCAUGACCAGAUUACAAAUGCAGGCAUCAUGGGCACGACCAGAUUGCAAAUGCAGGCAUCAUAGGCUUGACCAGAUUACAAAUACAGGCAUCAUGAGCAUGACCAGAUUACAAAUGCAGGCAUCAUGGGCACGACCAGAUUACAAAUACAGGCAUCAUGAGCAUGACCAGAUUACAAAUGCAGGCAUCAUGGGCACGACCAGAUUACAAAUACAGGCAUCAUGAGCAUGACCAGAUUACAAAUGCAGACAUCAUGGGCAUGACCAGAUUACAAAUGCAGGCAUCGUGGGCAUGACCAGAUUACAAAUGCAGGCAUCAUGGGCACGACCAGAUUGCAAAUGCAGGCAUCAUAGGCUUGACUAGAUUACAAAUGCAGGCAUCAUGGGCAUGACCAGAUUACAAAUGCAGGCAUCGUGGGCAUGACCAGAUUGCAAAUGCAGGCAUCAUAGGCUUGACUAGAUUACAAAUGCAGGCAUCAUGGGCAUGACCAGAUUAGAAAUGCAGGCAUCAUGGGCACGACCAGAUUACAAAUGCAGGCAUCGUGGGCAUGACCAGAUUGCAAAUGCAGGCAUCAUGGGCACGACCAGAUUGCAAAUGCAGGCAUCAUGGGCAUGACCAGAUUACAAAUGCAGGCAUCGUGGGCACGGCCAGAUUACAAAUGCAGGAAUCAUGGGCAUGACCAGAUUACAAAUGUAGGUAUCGUGGGCAUGACCAGAUUACAAAUGCAGGCAUCAUGGUCAUAACCAAAUUACAAAUGCAGACAUCAUGGGCACGACCAGAUUACAAAUGCAGGUAUCUUUUGAAGCACCCAAACAGUGCAGCUUUAAAUUAGCAGGACCAUUUUUCCACUGUACCAUCAGUCUCACAGCACUGUUUCUCUAAAUCGAAGACUAACAGUGGCCACUCUUUGCCCUGUCAUUGCUACAGCAGGAGACUUCAGUUUGCUUUCUAUAAGAACUACCAAUAUGAACAACUAUUUUCCCCAUUUUUUUCUUUUUACAAAAUUGUAGGACUGUGCAGAAUACUGUUUAAGAUGCAGCCUGACCCUUGGGACAAUAGGUAACUACUCAUCCUGCCUGUGCAAACCUAGAUCCUGACACUUAUAUGUGGUAUUCUCACUCCUGAUCAAUUGUUGUCUGAACUCUGGUCUAGGGUGGGAAAACCAAGCAUUUUGCUGAUCUAUGUUAACCUCACUCCCAUAUAAUUUCCUUUAUACUGUCACAAACUGUUCCCACACAAACAACGAGUCACCACAAAGCACCCUCAGUUAUCAUAAUUUCUUCCAAACCUCUCCUACUCACUUACCCUUGUCCUACCUGCCUUACAGGGACCUUCCUGGCACAGCAGAAACCAUUAUGUACUCCUCACAUAGCACUCUCGUCACCAAACCCAGCAAUCCGUCCUACAAAUGCCUCCAUGAUUUAAGCCACACCUCACCAUGAGGAACCCAAUGAAAAAACAUCAGCAAGUCAUACACUUCCUAGCCCACACAACAGGACUAUCACAACUUGUGCAUCCAGUCCUAGCCGUUACUAAUUAAUUGACAUUAUUAUUGCAUGCUACUGAGUAUGUUUCUACAAUACUAAGCAAUUCACAGCAAUUCACAGUCCCCCUCUACCCCCAGGAAGCUCAAAAUACAACCCUCUGAUAAAUAUUCAUCAACCCAACUUAUUCCUAUACUGAAUGUACUAAACCAGCUUCUCCACUAAUCAGAAAACAAUAUUAGUGGCACUGAAAUUGCUGCAAAGCCCCCUCCCAAAUCAAAGUUUUUUAAAACAAAUGUCAUCUUACAAUAUGAAUAUUCUCUCCUUCUUAAAACUAGUCAUUGCUUGUGAUAACAACCACACCCUGACUACAUUUCUCAACAAGAGCUCAACCCCAUAAACCAACUGUCUGACUAUUCCACACAGGUUCCUCCCACUACUGCACACAAAACACAAAGCAUGUGGAGUGACAUUCAGCUAUGCAUCACCACAAAUCUCUACAAAACAAAUAGGUUUAAAUCUCUGCCACAAGAAUUCCCAAAACAUUAAGAACAAAAACUGUAUGAAACAACAAUGCAGACAUGCUGGCUAUCAGUGAAACAUGGCUAAAACCUCUAAGUAUCCCUGUACACUUUACAGCAGUAACUUCUAUACCUUCCUAGAUAACAGACCAGGUACAAUCCUUUAAAUGGUGCAAUGCUACCAGUAAAGAAAAUCUCAAAUUUCAGCCUGUCUUAUGAGGCAUGUCUCUUGAAAAUCCAAGACAGACCCCAGAUGGUGUCUUUUAUCACUUAAAUGCAAUCACUCUUCAGCCUGCAAGUAGCUGCAGUAUACAUACCACAUCCCUGCCUCAAUAAAAAUAUUUCAAACAAUUUAUAUAUCUUCAAAAUUAACAGAAAUAAUAUCCUAGGAAACUUCAGUCUUAACUGCCAUUUUCAGAUAGGUAGAGAAAUAUUUUUCUCUACCAGUAAUUUAUCCACUCACCCACCAGCCCCAAUCCAUCCAUUGGCAGUAAUCCCCUGUUUGAUCUCCUCAUAAGUGAUACUUCAAACCAGAUCAAAUAUGUUUCCUAGUUACCCCAAAACCACAGUGACCACCUACCUAUUCAAACAAUUCUGUUCUGUAAAGCCCCUCUGACAUCCUCCAUGUAUAACUGAAACCAGAUCAGUUUCAGAAACUAAGAGGUAAUUUCAGACUUCAGUGGACUGAUCCCACAGUAGCUCUGCAGUUAUUUAGCACCAUUUUCUCUGAUGUCCUUAAACAUCUCCCAAGCAAAAAAAAAAUUGUAAAAGGUCAAAACUGCCCAUUAAUAAACUCCAGACUAUGAAGACUAUUGCAUAAUAGAAACAAAACAGGCCACUAUAUAUUAUAUCUUACCCUCAGAAAGAAGUACAAACUUGAAGAAGUGGAAGUGUCUUACCUUUACAGACCUCGAAUACAACUUCCCAGCUGAAACUUGUCUAGAAAAUUAUAGAUACUUCUACUUUAAUAGCAAAACAGCUCCAACUCUUCUAUUAUAAAUGUAAGCAUUAUACAACGCUUCAAAAUGCUAAUCACAGUGGUUUAUUAUAUUUCUAUGAACAUAAUUCCCUAUGCCAGAAUUCUUAGACCUCAUUUACCAAUCUAUAUCCCCAAACAUUAUGAUCCCCUACAUGUUUUCUCACCAUUCAAAUCCCCAAACUUUAUCCUCUCUAAUCCAUUUGCCUGUCCAUACCUUCACUUCAGAUUCCCAUCUAUAUAGCCCAAUACUCUAGUCCUCAUUGCCUUCACAAGUCUCGUCUCCUUUCUCCCUUAAAUUCUCUCAAUACAUGCUUUUAUACUGUCAUUUCUUUGUUUCAAUCCAAAAUCACAUUCCAUGAGGCCUCCCUCCUACCCUCUUCCAUCAUAUCAAGCACCAUCCCAACAAAUGCCUAAAAAAGUACCAAACCACUGAAUAUAUAAACUCCCUCACAUUAAAACUCCACAAUUCAGAUUCACACUCGGUCACAAUCCCCCCCCCCCCCAAAAUCCCUUCCAGCCC